CACAAGUUAAUAAUACAGUGUGGUUAUGAAAACUUGGUUGUCGCUUUGCCAUUAAAUCAAUAGUAAUGUAGUUAUAGUCAUGAAAAUCCUAAUGGAUGGAUUCCCUCGUGGUGCAUAUCUGCAGUCUAAUCUUUCAUUUGAUUAGAGACAUCUGAUUUCCAUCAAGACGAGGCUGAGUGUUAAGAUGGCGCUUCUCCUGGCCUUUUACUCCGUCCUCCUUCUGGUCGGUCCCGCUCUGGCCCAGAGCCCGGACAUGUCCUACGAAGACUAUAUGGCCCAGUUACAGGCCUGUCCCAAAGAGUGCCGCUGCCCGCCCAGCUUCCCCAACGCCGUCUACUGCGACAACAAGGCUCUGAAGCGCAUCCCCACCAUCCCCCCACACACCUGGUAUCUGUACCUGCAGAACAACCUCAUCGACGUAUUGUCAACAGAUGCUCUCCGCAACGCCACGCAGCUGCGCUGGAUCAACCUCAACCGCAACCGCAUCACCAGCGAGGGCAUGGAGGAGGGUGCCCUGGCCGCCAUGCUCCGCCUGGUCCACCUCUACAUGGAUGACAACCUGCUGAGCUCCGUCCCAGCCAACCUGCCCUCCAGCCUGGAGCAGCUGCGCCUCUCCCGCAACCGCAUCUCCAAGAUCCCCGCCGGGGUGUUCUCAGGUCUGGAUCGGAUGACACUGCUGGAACUGCAGGGGAACAAGCUCCAGGAUGACGCAGUGACCGAGGUGAGCCUCAAGGGCCUGAGCAACCUGGUCCAGAUCAACCUGGCCAAGAACCAGCUUACCACCAUGCCCCUGGGCCUCCCCAUCACCAUCACCCAGCUCUUCCUGGACAACAACGCCAUUGAGAAGAUCCCCGCUGACUACUUUAAGAGUCUACCCAAGGUGGCCUUCCUCAGGCUCAACCGCAACAAGCUGGGAAACGGCGGGCUGCCCAAGAACGUGUUCAACAUGUCCAGCAUCCUGGACCUGCAGUUGUCCCAUAACCAGCUAACUCAGGUUCCUAUGAUCCCCUCAGGCCUGGAACACCUCCACCUGGACCACAACCAGAUUAAGAGUGUGAAUGGAUCUGAUAUCUGCCCUGUGUCGGCUGAUGCUCUGGAGGGCUAUGUCACUGAGACCGCUCCUAAACUCCGCUACCUCCGCCUCGAUGGCAAUGAGGUCAAGCCACCAAUACCCAGAGACCUCAUGAUGUGCUUCCGUCUCCUCAGGUCCAUCGUCAUAUAAGAAAUACACUUCCACCAGCCAAUCGCAUCUAGCUAUAGUUUCCCGGAUCCAAGGGCAGAUGAUUAUUAACGAAUGGAAGUGACUAUGCUAAUCUAUAUGGAUUUUUGAUCUGUGGACUACUCAUUUGCAUACUUAUGUUGAGAACCACAUAUUAGACGCCAGGGUUGGGGUCAAACCAAACUCGGUCAAUUUAAGAAUUAAUGCAAUGAAUUGGUCAAUAGAAAAUAAUGGGCCAUUUUCAGUUGUUGAAUUGAGUCUCCUGAAUUGGUAGAAUGGGAAUGGAAUUGACCUCAACCUUGUUGGGUGAAGGUCACCUGACAAUCUGUAGAUAGUGUAAUUGGACUGCACUACUGUCUUUUGACCACUAGUUGUGCCUUAUGUUCGUCCUAUAGUCACAAGUGCUUAAUGCAACUGUCUGAGUGUGCUGUUUCAAUACAACACACUUUGGCCUGAAAAUGGUAGAAAACCUUGAAAUGGUGUUUUUCCAAAACUC